AUGAUGCACCCAGAAAAUGAUACGCAGUUGAUUAUUCCGCAGUAUCAAUAUUUUUACUCUGUGUUUCCCCAUCGAGGGGUAAUAAACAAUGACGCAGGUACAUCAACGAUUACGGACCAAGGCACGGUGGAGCACAAGGCUAGCAACCAGGCAGUGUCUGUUGUGACAGCAGGUAUACGAGCAAUCGCAUAUCAAAUACAAAGUUUGUAUCUUAGGUCUCCAGUUAAGCUAUUUCGCCCAUCGAGAUUCGAUUAUAUGGCAUAUGUACGAGCACUUGCAGAUAGACACAACAACAUCAAUGACAAACCAUAUAAAUUCCGAACCCAUUCAUCUAUUGGUAUGCUUGUCAGUGUUCUUAGAAAAGAAGGAUGGAAGUUCAUACCAGACCAAGUGAUGCCCCCUUUGAUUGCCAACUCCGCCACUGGAGUUAUCUUGUACGCGACAUAUUUGAACACCUUGGAUCGCUUGACGUCUAAAAGAGGAAAUCAUCACAAUACAGAAUAUAACUGGUACUCACCAAUUGACACAUGGCGAGCGGGGUUUGUUGCUGGGGCGGUGCAGUCACUUGCUGCUGCUCCAGUAGAUGCCAUAUACACCAGACUGUCAGUUUCCGAAAUGAUUGAAGGCUCACACGAGAAUCUAUGGAAAUUUGGAAUCAACAAGUUGAAACAGAUUGGACUAGUUGGUGUUUUUGCAGGCUACAGUUUCUCAUUGAUUAAAGAAAGUUUUGGUUUUGCGUGUUACUUUUCAACUUUCGAAACAAUCAAGACUCAAGGGUACACCAUAACAUACAGGAUAUUCAAGUUCUUCCGUGAUCAGGAGGAUAUGAUAAAGAGAAAGCUACAGUCGCUUUUCAACUGGGAUGAAUUAAAAGUCGACGAGAAGAUGCAGAGACUAGAGAGGUAUAGGCUGGAAAGGAUACUAAAGACGUCAUUCAUCUUGAUUGCAGGAGCUUCCGCUGCUUUUGCUCUUCUUGCAGUGCAAUACCCACUAACGAAAAUUCAAAAGAUACACUUGUCAAGGUUGGAAGCGUUGGAUAUCUACAGCGAGUCCACCAGAAAACACAAGCCAUUCGUCAAAUUGUAUUAUAAUUCAUACAUCGACACGUUUAAUCAGGUGCUCAGGAUGAAGCACAAGGCCAAAGUGACUUGGUUCAAAGCUGCAUACAGCGGAUUCUUUAGAAAUGCCGUCACUACAAUCCCCGCAACUUCGGUAGCCUUGCUUGUUUUCGAAAUCACAAGAACAAGACUAGUCAGUAGCAUGGAGGAGCCCGAUAUUUUAACACCUUAA